AUGAGCAUUCCAGCCCUGAACAAAUGGACGACAGUGGCUCCCUGCGCUUCUUUCGUGGCUGCGCAGCAGCAUUUUUGCGGGGUGUUGCCUGCUGCUUUCGAGGCCUGUUUUGGCAACUUGCCCGAAGCGUCGGAAUCGUCCCAAGAGGAUCAGGGGGCCGCGCUGGGGCAGCCCAUUGACCAGACCAGAAGGUGGCGCAAACUUGCACGCAGGCGGCAGAAGAAAGCCGUUAUGUUCUUGAAGGAUCCAGAGUCGCAGUUUCGCACACUUAGCUGGACCGUUCUGACUGCUCCAGUGAUGCGGAUCCAUUACUCUCUGUUCAAGCACGCGCACUGGUUCACUGAGCGCCCAGCGGUUCCCCCCGACGAGUCCUCAGCCUUUGGCAUGGUGGCAGCGAGGCCUACCAGGAGAGCGCUUGCUGUGUUUGCAGACAUGAUGCAGUCCACCGAAAACGAGUCGUGGCUGCCCCUCGUCGGGUUUUAUGGCCCUGUGCUGCAGUGGCCUCAGGCCAGGUUGCGAACCACUCGACGAACGGUUUGCACAAUCGUCGGCCAGCUCUGGCGAAAGCUUGAUGAGCCGUGGCAGCAAUAUCCGUGGAAGCUGCUUGGCCUUCUGGCAGACGACGAGAGGCGAAGGCAAGCUUGCGCCGAAGAGUUGCUUGCCAGCAGGAAGUGCUGCCUGGACAACUUUUCUGAGAAGCUACGAGCCAUGUGUCCCUCUGCGGAGCAGCUACUCUCUGCAAAGACGGCUACUUUCCUCGAAGCGGUUUUCAACCGGGUGGUGCCCACGUCCACCGACAUUGAGCGGUGCUUCGCCCGCUAUCAGAGAUGGACGGCGACGCGAGGGCACAAGCUCAAAGCAAGCCAGCUAGCCGCCCGGCACUAUGCGCAAUGCAUGACGCACCUCGUAGAUCAGUGGCGCAGACGGCGCAUUCGAGCUGGCUUGCAGGCAGCGCCCAGGACGCACAGACAUCGGCCGGUUUGGAUUCGCGGGGCUCGCUCCCAGCGUGCCAGCACGGGCCUGCACGCGUUCACUCGGGCCCAGCGGCAUCUUGGCGCGCCAGCCCGGGGAAACCAGGGGUGGUCCAGCAUCGGCGUAGCGAGCCGCGCUUGGAGUCGUCUCCCUCCGGAGGAACGAGCGAGGUGGAGACAGCAGGCGAGGUUGCAGAACGCAGCUGCAAGGGCCCAGUUGGCGCAGGCCGAGGAAGCGGAAGGAGCAGAGAGCUUCGUCGGGGGUCCUUGGGACAUGGGCUCCUCUGCGGGCUUUCCGCUGGCACGCCACGUUGUCGUCGACAACCAGCCACGCCAAGCAGAGAUGGCGCAGCAGUUCGAGGAGCGCGCGCAGCAGCUACAGCCAGAGAAUCUGGACAGCAUGAGCGGAGCGCCUCAGGCCGAGCAGAACCUUUUCGCGCCCUGCGGCAGCGGCGCCUGUUUCGGCAAUUUGCCAGAAGGCAGGCCUCGGGCCGAUGCGGAGAACCUACACAGUCUCUUGAUUCACGCGAUCAUGAAGAAAGGGCCGGGGCCGUUGAAGAUGACAGAAGAGCCGCUCGUCGUGGCCUUCCUGUCCGAAGUCGCAGAGCGCGCUGAGUAUUAUGUGGUUGCCUAUAACACACGCAAGCCGCCCAUUGAGGCCGCCAUGCUGAAGGUGGAAGUCGAUAUGAACGAGGAAUUGCCCGAAGGCGUAUCCAAGUCGUUGAGAAUGAGCGCCGCUCCGGACGGGCAGCAGUUUGUGUUCUUCACGAACAAGUCCCUGUGCGUGCGCUUGCUUCAGGUCGCCAGCGAUUGGACUCUCUACACCCUUCAGGUAGGGCCUGUGCGUAAGCUUUGGCAUUUUGACAUCGUGGGCGCAGAGAAAGUUGAUACAGAGGCUGCUAAGCGCGACUUGGACUCAUCGCGAAGCGCCGCUGUGGCUUUGCAGGCCCUGCGCGAACUGCUCAAACCAAGGCAGCCGCCAAAAAGACGGGACCCUGGCGCCUUUCCCAAGCCCUCAAAGAAGAGAGCCAAGAAGGCAGCGGCUGACCCAGAAGCUGAGGAAAAGCGCCACGAAGUCGCGGAGGACGAGGAGGAGGCCAGCAGCCAAGGCAGCUCCCGCAGCGACGUCGCUGCUGGGUUUUGCGACCCAACGGCGAGAUCAAGCGCCGAGAUUGAGGCUGAUGGAAGGUUGCUUCUAAGCCUAGCGUCUCGUGCUGAGGUUGUGGAGGAGCGUGCUGAUGAUUCGCACGAGCCGGCCUCGUCUUCCCGAGAUCCGCCGCGGGCGCGCUCAGCGCCCCUUCCCCCCUCACGAUCGAAUGUGAAGCGCGCAACAACAUGGGGGCGGCAUCCUGCCUUCUCCGUGGCGCCCAUCUACGCAGAGAAGGUCUACAUCGGCUGGGGCGCAACGUGCGGGAGGCAUCAGGAUGCCUCGGGGCGUGCUUUGCCAUGUCGGAAAACGAUCAGCGCUGGCAGCGGCGAGAGCCGCCUCUCCGACGGCGAGUGCGUCCUGCGGCUGAAGCGUUGGCUUGUAGCCGGGUUGCGAGACAGUGAGUGGCGCGGGAAUGCUCGGAGCUUUCACGUUUCGCAGGGCGGAGUGCAGCUGGAGCAGUUCAAGCACGGUCUCACAGAGGCCGAGCUCGACGCCAGAGUUGGCCACACAAGCAGCUGA